AUGCCCCUCUCUCCAGCUGCCUCUUCUUCACCAUUUAUCAAGGAUUUGGACCAGGACAAGAAUGGCUCGGCCUUUAAGCUUGCUUGCCUGGCGACCCCAAUGGGUAACCCCAAAACGAGGCGCCAUUUGCGCAAAAUUCGGACACAUUUUUGGAAGCUUUCUCCUCCUCCUCCUCCUCCUCCUCCUCCUCCUCCUCCCCCAGAUUCGGCCCCACUAUCCUCCUCCUCCUCCUCCUCCUCCUCCUCCUCCUCCUCCUCCUCCUCCACCCAGAACAAUUCGCUUUACGCAGCCUAUCGUGGGAUUCCUAGACGAAGGCCUGUCCUGUACACGUAUGACGAGGACCAAACACAGGGAUUCACAUGGAUUUUCCGGCCAGAUGCCCCUCUCUCCAGCUGCCUUCUCUCACCAUUUAUCAAGGAUUUGGACCAGGACCAGAAUGGCUCGGCCUUAAGCUUGCCUGCCCGGCGAUCCCCAAUGGGUAAGAGCUCUUCCUUCUCCUCCCAAACUUCCCUCAUCAAUUCCUCCUCCUCCUCCUCCUCCUCCCAGACUUCCAUCCUCAUCACCUCCUCCUCCUCCCAAAACAUUCCCUCAUCAAUUCCUCCUCCUCCUUCCUCCUCCUCCCAGACUUCCAUCCUCAUCACCUCCUCCUCCCAAACUUCCCUCCGCAGCACCUCCUCCUGA